CGCAAGUCAUCUUCCUGACCUACAGGAAACAGACGGAUUCUCAAUAUUAAAUUACUCCCAAGAUAUCAUCCGAAAUGUCGCGCUCCUGCUCUGCAUCAUCAAAGCUGGCUCUUUCGACGGUUUUGCAGGGCUUGUUUCGUGCCGAAAUCGCCUCCGGUCUGCGACUACAGCCCAGCGUCUUUUACGCCUGCGAAAACCCGUUCUUGCCAAAGUCAUAUUUCUCCUCGGCCGCUAGACUGGGCUCGAGACGCUAUUUAACGUCUUCUUCCUCUCUCCGAAUAUCGCCGUCAGCAGACAAUCAAAUAGAUUCGCGUCAUCCCGACCCUAUUCACAGCGAUGGACCUGCGGCUGUGAAGAGACAGGAGAACGAGAUCGAUACGUUGACAAAUACCGAGAACGUAUCUCUAGAAUCUCUUAAAGCAUCUCGGGAAACGGGAGAGGUCCCCGAUUCGGUCGCUGUGACAUCGUCUUCGACUACAGAGGCGAAACAAUCGGGCAGAGCAAAAAAGAAGCAUACAAAAUCGGAGAAGCAGUCGAAUACGAAACAGAAAACAGAACUCAAUGGAGAAAAGAACCAUAAGCUCCCGGAAAAGAAGAAAAAGCGUGAGCCAUGGCAGAUUUACAAGGAAGCUCUGAAGAACAAAUUCAAGGAAGGCUGGGCACCUCCCAAGAAGCUCUCUCCUGACGCCAUUGAUGGCAUCCGCCAUCUCCACGCUACAGCCCCGGACAAGUUUACUACUCCAGUUCUAGCGGAACAGUUCAAAAUCUCGCCAGAGGCGAUCAGACGGAUCUUGAAGAGCAAGUGGCGACCUACCGAGGGGGAAAUGGAUGAUCGACGACGGAGAUGGCAAAGGCGGCAUGAUAGGAUCUGGAGUCAAAUGGCCGAGCUGGGUCUCCGGCCAAAGAAACCAAUUGAUGAGAAUUUGUCGGAUGUUGCGAGUUUAUACGACCGCAAGGAAGGCAAGAAGCCUAUCUAAAAGCGUGCAUUGGGAGGCGUCCGGCAUUGAUUACGAUUCGAUGGAAUGUAAAUAUCUCAAUAUAGACAUACCUAAUCAUCGCAAUUUUUCUUCUUUUCUUC